GUUAAUUGCUACAUUUCUCAUUCAAGUAAAAAAAAGUAGUUAAUUUUUACAUUUCUCAUAUUAGUUAAUUGCUACAUUGCUCAUUAAAGUCAAAAAAAAGUAGUUGAUUUUUACAUUUCUCAUAUUAGUUAAUUGCUACAUUUUUACAUUUCUCAUAUUAGUUAAUUGCUAAUAUUUGUUCAAUUUUAAAGAUGGAGCGUGGUAGACAUUCUGUAAAUAUGGGUAAUCUCCAACGCAACCGCAAGAGGGAGAUUGCAACUACUCGAUCUACUUCACGCAAAGGCAAAGGUAAAGCGCGGGUUGAGUCUUCUUUUCAAAGUCGAGAUGAUUUUGAAACGGAUUACCAACGGCGAGAUGAUAUGAUGAUGUCCGACGAGCAACUACAAAACCUAUUGUCCCAAAAUGAUCCACGCUUUGCACAAGAACAACAAUUCCCGACAACCAUUGAUGAAGAGGAGCUCGAGGAUGACGAUGUGGAGGAGGACGCGGGGGGCGACGGGACUCACGACACCCCGGAUGAUGAGCAAGAGUUGGAGGACGAGGGUCGUUCAACGACUACAACCCAAAUUGGUAAGAAAUCUAAAUCUCCUAUUGUUGAAAACAAUUAUACAAAAAGGAAAGACAAAAAUACCGAAAAAUGGUACGCAAGUUGCAAUCAUUGCAACAAAGAGUUUAGCUUGGGAACUUCUGGCGGAUACGAGAGUCUCAAAAGGCAUCUUCAGUCCGCCCACUUUGUGGAGUAUGCGAAAAUAGACAAAGGCAAGGGGAAGCAAACACAAAUAUUGAGGUUAUAUUCUAAAUUUGUGUGUACAAGAUGGCUUAGUGGCAUUAGGAAAUGCUUUGGAGGUAGUGAAGGGGGGAAUUAAAUUGAUUUGGGCUAGCACUCCACUAAAAUUGCAAUGGCAGCAAUAUUUGAAGGAUAGACGUGUCAAUUAUUGUGCGUUUCCUAAAGAUUUGUCUAUUCGUUGGAAUACUACUUAUAAUUUAAUUCAAGUACUUGUUAGAUAUAAAGAUCAUUUUCCAGCUUUUUUAAGACAAACUUGUAACUAUGUUAUAAACCCGGCUGACAUCGACACUUGUGAAAAAAUUGUUAAUGUUUUGGCAUAUUUUAAUAACGCAACUCAAACUUUUAGUCAUGUUUAUAAACCUAUCGCAAACGAAAUUUUUGUUGAAGCUGUUAAUCUCGUCGGCGCUUUUUGUGAAUUUUCCGAAGCCACUUACGUUAGUUAUUUUUGUGAUUUCAUGAAACAAAAGUUUUUAAAAUAUUAUUCACAUAUUCCGCAUAUAUAUGGUAUUGCAUUUGUUCUUGAUCCUCAUUAUAAACUUGCUUACUUGGCAAAUUGUAUAGAUUACUAUUAUGCUUCUUUUUUUCCAACUCAAGAGUUCGAUGAUAAUCCCAUCAACCCUAAACAAGAAUUAACGAGGUUAGUAAUUUAUUUCAUCAAUUGUAUAAUGAAUUUCAUGCACAAUAUGGUAAUGCACCCCCUCCCAUGCAACGAACAUCUUCUUCAUCUAAAGGAAAAUCACUUUUAAAAUCCGCUUUUGGUUCUCUUUUGAAAAAAAGUAGAGCAACUCCCGCUACUGAACAAAGCUCACGUAACGAGCUUUCUUUGUAUCUAACACUGAAUGUUGAUUAUGAAGUUGGUGAUGAUUUUGACGUUCUUAAGUGGUGGAAGGAAAAUGAAAGAACAUUCCCGAUUUUAUCAAAGAUGGCUAAGCAAGUGCUAGCAAUGCCGAUAUCAACCGUUGCCGUGGAACAAGAAUUUAGUGCGGCCGGCAACAUCCUAACCGAUUAUAGAACGAGGUUGAGCUCGAGCUCUCUUGAGACACUAGUUUGCUUUCACGAUUGGUUGAAGGCCCA